AUGGGUGAUAAAGGUGACGGAGAAACAUUCGACGAUGCUGUAGAAGAAAGGGUGAUAAAUGAAGAAUAUAAAAUUUGGAAGAAGAAUACCCCAUUUCUGUACGACCUGGUGAUGACCCAUGCCUUAGAAUGGCCCUCACUUACUGCACAAUGGCUCCCAGAUGUUACCAGGCCUGAGGGCAAGGAUUACUCUGUACACAGAUUGAUUUUGGGCACUCACACUUCAGACGAGCAGAAUCAUUUGCUGAUUGCUAGUGUUCAACUGCCCAAUGAAGACGCUCAGUUUGAUGCAAGCCAUUAUGAUAAUGAUAAAGGUGAAUUUGGUGGGUUUGGUUCAGUGUCUGGUAAAAUAGAUAUAGAAAUCAAGAUUAACCAUGAAGGAGAGGUGAAUAGAGCACGCUAUAUGCCACAGAAUCCUUGUGUGAUUGCUACCAAAACCCCAUCUUCUGAUGUAUUAGUGUUUGAUUAUACUAAGCAUCCAUCAAAACCAGAGCCUUCUGGGGAGUGUCAUCCUGAUCUUAGAUUACGUGGACACCAAAAAGAAGGUUAUGGAUUAUCAUGGAAUCCUAAUUUGAAUGGAUAUCUACUCUCAGCCAGUGAUGACCACACAAUUUGCCUGUGGGACAUAAACGCCACCCCAAAAGAAGGACGAGUGAUUGAGGCCAAAUCGGUGUUCACCGGGCACACGGCCGUAGUGGAAGAUGUUGCCUGGCAUUUACUACAUGAGUCGCUCUUUGGCUCCGUCGCUGAUGACCAAAAGCUCAUGAUCUGGGACACUAGAUGUAACAAUACAUCAAAACCAUCACAUACAGUGGAUGCUCAUACAGCUGAAGUAAACUGCUUAAGCUUCAACCCUUACUCCGAGUUUAUACUUGCUACUGGCAGUGCUGAUAAAACGGUGGCUCUGUGGGAUCUGCGCAAUCUUAAACUGAAACUGCACUCGUUUGAAUCACACAAGGAUGAAAUUUUCCAAGUACAAUGGUCACCGCACAAUGAGACAAUACUUGCAAGCAGCGGUACUGACAGGCGACUGCAUGUAUGGGACCUAUCGAAGAUUGGUGAAGAACAAACUGCUGAAGAUGCUGAAGACGGUCCUCCUGAACUUCUGUUUAUCCAUGGAGGUCAUACAGCUAAGAUUUCCGACUUUUCAUGGAACCCUAAUGAACCUUGGGUCAUAUGCUCUGUUUCUGAAGAUAAUAUAAUGCAGGUAUGGCAGAUGGCGGAGAACAUUUACAACGAUGAGGAGCCGGAGACGCCCGCAUCAGAGUUAGAGUCAGGCGUAAAUGUGAACCACGGC